AUGUCGCAGAACGAUACGAACCAUGAGUCUGUUGAGGAGGCUGUUUUCAAGUACGUUGGAGUUGGCCUAGAGAAAUCUGGGGAAGACGACGCUGUGAACAAGCAGAAGUCCGUAGAUUGGUUUUUGAAGGAACAAGACCAAGACCAGGACCAAGAUCAGGAUCCGGGCAGGGACCAGGACCAGGAGGAUAAUGCGAAACAUCGUGAUGCUAACGAUGUAAGUGCAGUCGCUGCAGCUGCUGUGGCAGCUGCUCUUUCUGUGAAGAAAAGAGGCCGUCCAAGCGAGCAAAGUAGUACUGGGUCUAGUGGCAAGGGUAGUGGUUCUUCAGGUCAGAAUAAUAAGAAGUCUAAGAAGAAUAAAAAUAAGCUACAUCUAGCUGCUGUGGAUCCUGAAUUAGCAUCGUUAGAUGAUAAUUUGGUCGAUGGGAACGAUUCGGAGGAGCAAUCUCAUCACCAAUUGGUCCAUAAGGCAAUCAUGGACACUGAUAACAUCGCUUCUCAACACCCGGAUUUCCAACAAUAUUUGAACACGGAAGACGAUCAAGAACCUAAGAAGGAAAAAAGCGAAGAGCGUUCGUAUGGUGACCUUUCCAACAUAGACGAUCAUGUAGAUGACGUCUCAGUAUCUGGUAGCAUCCCUUCACAGGUAAGGCUGAAGAAAACUGCGGAAGUGUUGCCUAAAGUGCUGUCAUCUGAAUCUCAUAACGACGAUCAACAAGAUGAUGUAUCAAAUUUGAUUCAAGAAGCUGCUGCCAAAGCUUCCCAUAUUAUCAAUCCGGCAACCCAAUCGAAUGGUAAAUCUUUCGAUGAGUCUGAAGAAGAAGCUCUAGAACAAUUCAUCAAAGAAUACCAAAAGAUCAGAGGCCUCUCGAGACGUCAAAUUUGUGAAAGAAUUUGGUCCAACGAAAGAAGGAAAGAUGACUUCUGGACUAAUAUCUGUAGGGUGUUGCCUUACAGGACAAGAUCUUCGAUUUACAAACACGUUCGUCGUAAGUAUCACAUUUUUGAACAACGUGGUAAGUGGACUCCUGAGGAAGAUGCCGAAUUAGCAAGAUGGUGUGCAGAGAAGGAAGGUCAGUGGUCAAACAUCGGUAAGGUUUUAGGUAGAAUGCCAGAAGAUUGUAGGGAUCGUUGGAGAAAUUAUGUCAAGUGUGGUCCAAAUAGAGCCGCCAAUAAAUGGUCUGUGGAGGAAGAAGAAAAAUUGAAAAAUGUUAUUCAUCAAAUGUUGGAUAACGCCAGCACUGCGUACGAAGAUGGUGAAGAUGAUGAAAUGAAAGAUUCAUCUACUAAGAUAGAGGAUUCUGGAGAUGCUGAUAUGCUGGAUGUUCAGGAUUCUGAUAAGAAACCCUCUAUUUCGAACUCUAAAAAGAAGCCAGCCGCAAAAGAUAUUAUAAACUGGACUGUUGUAAGUGAACAAAUGGGAGGAUCAAGAUCCCGUAUUCAAUGUCGUUAUAAAUGGAACAAAUUAUUGAAAAAGGAAGCCUUGAAUAAAAUCAAAAACAUCUCAGAUGACGAUAAAUUCUGGUUGCUAACUAAAUUAAGAGAUAUGGGUUUCACAGAGGAUUCUCAAGUGGAUUGGGAAGAAUUAUCUACCUUAAUGCCUGGUAGAAGAUGGACUGGUACUGAGUUGAAAUUAUUAUACGAAAAAGUCAGGACUACAGUUCGCCAAUACAAACGAAAAACUAUUAAUGUGAUCUGUAAAGAACUCGUUGGAUAUCCAGAAGCCUCAUUGCCACUUGACGAUGAAAUACGUCAACAUCAUAGCGGUGAUGAUGAAGAUAAGGAUUGA